AUGCAUCUUAUUAAGCUCUAUUUUUUUCAUCUAUGCUCAUUCUCAUUUCCUCCCUUUCAAACUUUCACUCGCAUAACUCUCAAAAGGUCUCUCUUCAUGAAACUUGUCUUGUUGUCUCUGGUGGUGGUUUCCACUACUGUAAACUGUCAAGAUAGUAGUACUGAAGCCUCAUCAACGACUCCACUGGAUUGUGGAUACCUAGCUGUUCCCUAUAAAAAAACAAACCUACUCUUACGAUGGGCAAUGCUGCAAUCCAGAUAUAACGCCGAACUAAGGAUCUCCGCUGUGUAUAUCGAAGGAUUAUGUGUUGUUUCAAGUACACCAUCUACGACUGCCAUGCUAUCUUCCACAACUGAACUCAUAUCUUCAACUACUGAAUCUCCAACCACUACGACGGAAGGAUUCGAUUGUUAUUGGCUAAAAGACUCAAUUGAUUUUAUAACAAUUUCUGAUUAUUACGGAGACUGUUGUAAUACAGCAUCUGUUGAUUACCUGAACGCAACAUAUAAUGAUAAAUGGACUACUAAUAAAGUGAAAAUCGAUCGCCGGGAUUACAUACGCGCAUUACGAAAUUCUGGUCUCUGUGGUAGAAGCACAACUUCGACUGUUAUUUCGACAUCCUCUACUACUAUCACUACUACAUCUGAAUUCGAAUCUACCGGUCUAGCAAGUACUUUAGAAGCAGAGACGUCUAGCAAAAGUGGUGAGUGUAUGUUUAGUGUUACAAACAAUAAAAUGGAAUUUUUUCUUUUCCUAAGCCUAACCAUUUUUCCUAUACCCAUUACAUCAAUCGAUUGCUUCUGGCUUUCUGAAUCAUGGAGUUUAGCUCCAGAGUUUCCACUAACGUACAACGGAAAGUGUUGUAACAAAGAGGCGGUGGACUACUGUAUUAUGUAUUAUAAGGACUGGAUGAAUAAUGGACGGAAUUAUGAGCUGUUGAAUGUACUUAAUUCGUUGGGUUAUUGUUACGAGCAGACAUCAACAGAAGUAAGCUUUAGAAGAGUCAUCAAAGCAAGAAGAAUGACUAUUUGUUUUCAAAGGCUCUCUAUUUACAUUCUUUUAAUUUACUUAUAUUCUGCAAAUUGCCAAACUCCUAAAGACUGUGGUUUCUUAGCCAGCAGUUUCCAAUACCGUUCCAACGGGACCACCAAAAAUUAUAAAGGAGAAUGUUGUACAAUCAGUGCUGUUAACUAUAUGGACGAAAACAGAUCAAAUUGGAGAAACGAACAACUCGCUGAAAACUAUGUAGAACUUCUAUAUAGUAGCGGUUUUUGUGUAUCUUCAACUACUACGAGAAUUACUACUACUACUAUUGCCACAACAACUAGCAAGCUCAAUUGUGAGUCUGUAGAUCCAGACUGUUGCAGUUCCGAGUCCCUGGCUUACUUGAACAAUAACAAGCUUUUGUGGAAAGAGUUAUGGGGGCUAUUGGGAGGUCUCUUUCUACAGGACUUGGAAAACAAUGGUUUCUGUGGGCUGACAGUUCAAUCUCUUAUUCAUCUGUACGAAUUCAUAAAUGAGCCUUGUGACUGCUGCCACGCAACCCCGAAUAUCGGUCUCAUGAUCAUUUUGGAUUUGCUCAUUCUUUCUCAAAACAAAACAUAG